AAGACAAUAUGAAAAUAAAGUAAAAAUCAGAAAUUAACAAACCUACCGAAUUGAAUGAGAUGACUGCUGGGAUAGAAAAUCUAAAUCCUUGUGAUGAUGGAUAGCACACCUGGAAUGAAAACAUCAUGAAAUUUUGUUUGGACUUUCACUUGUUGCAAAUAGCUAGCAGAAAACGGACAGACUGUAAAUCACAACAAAAAUAAAAAUAAAAGAUUCCUUUUAGUCGGCGAAGUUUCCUUGCUGUAGUUUCCCCCUUCUCUCAUUUUCGCACUUUUUCUUUUCCCUCGGACGGAGCUUUUCAUUACCAGAACGACCAACCCACCUUUUUUGCGUCGUAAUGGGUUUAUGGGAUUCCUUACUUAAUUGGCUCCGGAGCCUAUUCUUUAAACAGGAAAUGGAAUUGUCUCUAGUAGGGCUUCAGAAUGCAGGGAAGACGUCUCUUCUAAAUUCCAUUGCUACAGGGGGCUACAGUGAGGACAUGAUUCCAACUGUCGGAUUCAACAUGCGUAAAGUUACAAAGGGAAAUGUGACAAUUAAACUUUGGGACCUAGGAGGGCAAAGGAGGUUCCGAUCAAUGUGGGAACGUUACUGUCGUGGUGUCUCUGCAAUUGUGUAUGUUGUCGAUGCUGCUGAUAGAGACAGUGUUCCAAUAUCUCGAAGCGAGCUACAUGAUCUCUUAACAAAACCUUCCCUGGCUGGAAUUCCCCUACUUGUUCUUGGGAACAAAAUUGAUAAGUCAGAAGCUCUUUCGAAGCAAUCUUUGGUUGAUCAGCUAGGCCUCGAUUCAAUCACAGACAGAGAGGUUUGCUGCUAUAUGAUCUCAUGCAAGGAUUCAGUAAAUAUAGAUGUUGUAAUUGAUUGGCUUAUCAAACACUCUAAAACAGCUCAAUGAUUGUCAAUGAGUUAAGACUUUAAAUUGUGUUUGUUUAAGGUUCUUGGAAAUCAUGAUUGUAAGCUGAGAAGCAAAUCAAAACAAACCAUUCCUAUGGAGAUUGUUGCACAUGUUCUGUUCAGGUUAGAUCCCAAAUGAGUUUUCUGUAUUGGGUUUUGAUUGUUGAGGGCAAGUUUUUGUUGCA